GAGGUGAAAGGUCAGGCCGCCUUUUGGCGGCCAUUUCUCUCCGCGCGGGUCGCCUGGCUGUAGCGGCAGCCGCUCCGGUCACGAGGGGCGGGCUCGGCGGCUAGCGGGGUGCAGCGCUCGCCGGUGGUCGCGAUGAGUUUACCCCUCAAUCCCAAGCCUUUUCUCAAUGGACUGACAGGAAAGCCGGUGAUGGUGAAACUUAAGUGGGGCAUGGAGUACAAGGGCUACCUGGUCUCCGUGGAUGGCUACAUGAACAUGCAGCUUGCAAAUACAGAAGAAUACAUAGAUGGGGCAUUGUCUGGACAUCUGGGUGAAGUUCUAAUAAGGUGUAAUAAUGUCCUCUACAUCAGAGGCGUUGAAGAGGAGGAGGAAGAUGGGGAAAUGAGAGAAUAGCAUCUUGGAAUUUUGGAUUUUUUUUUUUUAUAUAUAUGUAUUUCUAUACAAUAAAGAUUUGGGGUGUUUUUUUUCAACUUGACUUGUGGACUGUUUAUAUGCAGACAUAUGCAAAGUGCAAAUGUUAAAACAAUGGAUGGAUAAUUCUUAGAACUAAAGUUUUAAAAGCCUCCCAGUUUUAAUUCAAGGGACUUUUUUGUAAUCCCACUGCCGAUUUAACUGAGACCUCAUAAAAGCUGCUGUGUUGUUUAAGGUUUCCAAACCACUUUUAACAUGCAGAAAGUUAGACAUUUUCUUAGUAUUAAUAAAUCAUUAUUUCUAUAUUGAUAUAGACUAAAUGUAUAUUUCAAAACAUGAAAAUUGAAAUAACUAUGGAGAUAAGACAAUACAAAUUGAUAUUUAAGCUGAAGAUGUA